AUGGACCCCCUAUACAGCCUCCAGGAUCUUGUACGCUGCAUCCUUUGUGAAACUUCUGAGACUUCCAUGUACUGUAAAAUUUGUCACAUACAUCUGUGUAAAGACUGUGUAGUGAAACAUUUAUCUGAUUCCUCUAAAGUUCAUAUAGUGGUGCCACAUAAACAAUAUCGAACAACUUUGAGCAAUCCUAAAUGUAGAAAACACCCCAAAAAACAAUGUGAACUCCACUGUGAACAAUGUGACAUUCCUAUAUGUGCAAAGUGUAUAUCAUCUGGAAAACAUUCAGGCCAUAAACAAGUCGACAUUUUCCAAAGUUUUGAAAACAAAACAGAAAUUUUAGAAAAAGAUUUGCAAGAAUUAGAAAAAUCUAUUUAUCCUAAAUACAAAAAGAGCGCAUCUAACAUCCCAGUGCAGAAAACUGAUCUGAGUAAAAACUCCCAGAUAUUGACAAUAGCAAUUGACAAACAAGGAGAAGUCUGGCACAGAGAAAUAGACACCAUUAUCACAAACCUGAAAUCUAACGUGGAGGAAAUGGAAUUCAAACACCUGGUCGUCCUGAAUAAACAGGAAGAUGAAAUCACACACGCUAUUUCUGAAAUCACACAGACCAUAGCUGAGCUGAAGAAGUUACUGAACUCCAAAGAUGUCAGCCUUGUCUCUGAGUACAAAUCCAGGAACUCUGAAUUCAGAAGAUUGCCUCCUAAACUCAAAGUGUCCUUACCAAACUUUAGGCCCCCGAAAAUCCACACAGAUCAGCUGAUUGAACAGUUUGGUUCUCUGUCAGCAUUAUCUUUUACAACAGAGGAACAAGACUACAGCAUGCCGCCCCAGGGAGCCGAGUCCUCUCUUCAAGACCGGUCAAUGAUGGAUGUACCCCAGGUCAUCACAGCUAUAGACACAGGGUAUAAAUAUCUACACGGUGUGACGUGUCUGAAUGAUACAGCGAUCUGGACGCGUGGUUAUGAUGACAAAAUAAAACUCUGCAACCUGCAGGGAGAACGAGUGGAGUCCAUCCAAACCAAGUCAGGGAACUAUCCAUCAGACAUAGCAGUGACAAGAAGUGGGGAUCUAGUUUAUACUGAUUACAAAGAUAGAACUGUGAACAUAGUAAAGAAUACACAGAUACAGACAGUGAUCAGACUACGGGGGUGGAAAUCUCGCGGUGUGUGUAGUACCUCGUCUGCUGACCUCCUGGUUGUCAUGGACAGUGAUGAUGAUAAACAAACAAAAGUUGUGUGUUACUCUGGCUCCACAGAGAAACAAAGUAUUCAGUACGAUGACAAAGGACAACCUCUCUAUUCAUCUGGUGAAUACAUCAUUGAGAACAGGAACCUAGAUAUCUGUGUGUCAGACAGUGACGCCCAUGCAGUAGUGGUGGUCAAUCAGGACGGGAAACUCCGGUUUACCUACACUGGUCCUCCCUCUACUACCAAAGGAUCAUUUAUUCCAUUCGGCAUCACGACAGACAGCCAGGGUCGGAUCCUGACAGCAGACUAUAACAACGACUGUAUCCACAUCCUGGAUCAGGACGGACAGUUCCUCCGCUACAUUGACAACUGUCAUUUACAGCGUCCAUGGGGUUUAUGUGUGGACACCAGAGACAACCUCUUUGUGGCUGAGGCAAGAACAGCAGCUGAAAUAUAUUUCGGAGUCAUCAGGAGCAGAGGCUACACUGGAUCGCUGACCUGCAUGGAAAGGCAGAGGCUUCCAACAAGAACGGGACUCAAGAGUGCUGGUUUCACAGACAAGACAGCGCCUUUGAUACAGCGCGCAAUGCCGACACCGGCGCCAUUUGUCGCGGUACUUCAGACCGCUCGUUGGGGGAAGCCUUAUCAAAGGAACCCCGACAAAAUCCUUAUAAAAACCGUAUCGACACAUAAAAACCAUAUUAUUCCCGAAAGAGUUGACAACAAUAGCAGAAUGUCUUCCGCCAACGUGAUGCAGUCAGCCAAGAGAUUGGACCACUCCGAGAUUUACUUUAAGAAAGCCUGCCUCCAGAUUGUGAUGCUCAACGAGAAACUUUACACCGCCAGCAGACGAUACCGAAUGGCGCACGCUUCCGGUCAACGUUCUUUGCGGUACUCUCUAUAUGUAUAA